CGAGAAACGCCCUAAAGAGGAGGGAGAGAGGGAGGGAGACCGCGGCUCCGGAGAGCGAGAGCGAGCUGAAGCUGCCUGCCGGCGGAGAGGAGGAGCGGGGCGAGGACGAGGAGGAGCGGGGCGAGGCGCAGGCGAGGCUGGGACCCGGGGCGCGCGCACUUCUCCGCAAAGUGCCAACUUCCCGGGAGAGUGCCGGGCGCGCACCUUCUGGGCGCGGGGAAAAGUCAGCGGCAAUCUGAAAUCUUAGGGAAGAAAGUCGGAUCCCCCCCCCCUCCCGUCCCCUUUUCCCCUGUUACUAAUCCCCAUUAAAAAGACAAACAACAAGAAUAACAGCAAACUUGCCAUAAUCCUGUCUGCCCCCCACUCCUGGCACCAUGAAGGCGGCCGUCGAUCUCAAACCGACUCUCACCAUCAUCAAGACGGAAAAAGUCGAUCUGGAGCUUUUCCCCUCCCCGGGUCUGAACCCCGGCGCUGCCGAAUUACAACUGCUUUCAUUUGUUUUUCCUGCUCCCCUACCAUGUAAUGGUCAAGGGCUCAUUGGAACCAUGUGUGAGCCUGAUAUGGAAUGUGCUGAUGUCCCACUGUUAACUCCAAGCAGCAAAGAAAUGAUGUCUCAAGCGUUGAAAGCUACUUUCAGUGGUUUCUCUAAAGAACAGCAACGACUGGGAAUUCCCAAAGACCCCCGGCAGUGGACAGAAACCCAUGUGCGGGACUGGGUGAUGUGGGCUGUGAAUGAGUUCAGCCUGAAAGGUGUGGACUUCCAGAAGUUCUGUAUGAAUGGAGCAGCUCUCUGUGCGCUAGGGAAAGACUGCUUUCUCGAGCUGGCCCCGGACUUCGUCGGGGACAUUCUGUGGGAACAUCUCGAGAUCCUGCAGAAAGAGGAUGUGAAACCAUAUCAAGUUAAUGGAGUGAACCCUACCUAUCCAGAAUCCCGCUAUACCUCGGAUUACUUCAUUAGUUAUGGUAUCGAGCAUGCUCAGUGCGUUCCUCCCUCGGAGUUCUCAGAGCCUAGCUUCAUUACAGAGUCCUACCAGACUCUCCAUCCCAUCAGCUCAGAGGAACUCCUCUCCCUCAAGUAUGAGAACGACUACCCCUCGGUCAUUCUCCGGGACCCUCUGCAGACAGACACUUUGCAGACGGACUACUUCGCCAUCAAACAAGAAGUUGUAACCCCAGACAACAUGUGCAUGGGGAGGACCAGUCGUGGUAAGCUCGGAGGCCAGGACUCUUUUGAGAGCGUGGAGAGCUACGACAGUUGUGACCGCCUCACCCAGUCCUGGAGCAGCCAGUCCUCUUUCAACAGCCUGCAGCGCGUCCCCUCCUAUGACAGCUUCGACUCAGAGGACUAUCCAGCCGCCCUGCCCAACCACAAGCCCAAGGGCACCUUCAAGGACUAUGUGCGUGACCGUGCUGACCUCAACAAGGACAAGCCUGUCAUUCCUGCUGCCGCCCUGGCGGGCUACACAGGCAGUGGACCAAUCCAGCUGUGGCAGUUUCUUCUGGAAUUACUCACUGAUAAAUCCUGUCAGUCUUUUAUCAGCUGGACCGGAGAUGGCUGGGAAUUCAAGCUUUCUGAUCCAGAUGAGGUGGCCAGGAGAUGGGGGAAAAGGAAAAACAAACCUAAGAUGAAUUACGAGAAACUGAGCCGCGGCCUCCGCUACUAUUAUGACAAAAACAUCAUCCACAAGACAGCGGGUAAACGCUAUGUGUACCGCUUCGUGUGUGAUUUGCAGAGCCUCCUCGGGUACACGCCCGAGGAACUCCACGCCAUGCUGGACGUCAAGCCCGAUGCCGACGAGUGACGGACACCAAAGGGGUCGGGGAACCUCUGCUGAGACAUUUCGAAGAACAACCACGUCGGUCGAACUCUUAAUUUUUAAUUGUUAUUCUAUUUUUAAUUUUCCAGAACUCAUUUUUUUACAUUCAGGGGUGGGCGCUAAGUGGGCUGCAGCUAUAAUCAAUUGUGCACAGUUGGAAUUCCAAGGACGGCCAGGACUUGAGGGGUGGGGGGGGGACAAGAAAUUCUUGAGCAAAUUUUCAGGAGAGAAGGGUCUUCUUAAGAAGCUUGAAGAAUCUGGCUUAAGGGAGGAGACUAAUGUGUCCCAUUACUUUUAAAACUCAUCCGUGAAAACAAUGCGUCUCGAGUGGUGGACCUAUUAGCAAAAGAAGUUGACACGUCAGGAGUCAUGAGACCCAUGAGAGACAAUUUAUUUGCUUUUGUUUUUAGGUCUGGGAGGGCAAAAAAGAGGGAGGUGGGAUAAAACAUUUUGUUUGGGGGAUGCACUAAAAACCAAGGACUAUUUACCUUUUACUCUACUUUCAAAACAAAGAUAGACUUCAGUGGGGAGGGGCCAAAACUGUUUUUGUGUUAAAAUUUUAUUUUAUUAAAUUUUGUGCCAGUAUUUUUUUUCUUAAACAAUCGUCUUAAGCUCUAAGGUGGUCUCAGUAUUGCGGUUUCAUGCGAGUUUGUUUUUAUUUGCCGACUGAGGAUUCUGUCACAGUGAAAGGAAACUGUUUAUAUAGACCCCACUGGAAACGCAAAGUGCUGUCACUCAGAUCGGGGAUCCCAGAUUCAUGUGACUUCUAUAUGAAGGAAAAAAAAAAACAAUGCUGAUUUGGGUACAAGGGACCUGUGCAUGUGAAUUUCAUCUGUAUUUUAAAAACUGAUCACACCCCUCUACUUACUUGUCAUUAGUGGAUUCUCGGGGUUUGGGCUUAACGUUGAGUUAAGAAGCAUUAAGUCUUUGAACUGAAUGUAUUUUGCCGCCCUGGUUUUGGACCCCAGUAAAUGUAGGAGCACUGUUGAAGUCAUAGAAUGGA